AUGUCAAACAAGUUCCAUUGUGAUGUUUGUUCAGCAGAUUGCACGAACAGAGUAAGAGUUUCAUGUGCUAUCUGCCCAGAAUACGACUUAUGCGUGCCUUGCUUUUCACAAGGCUCAUACACAGGAAAACAUCGCCCUUACCAUGAUUACAGAAUAAUAGAGACGAAUUCAUAUCCUAUUCUUUGUCCUAACUGGGGUGCGGAUGAAGAAUUACAGUUGAUAAAGGGUGCACAGACUUCUGGGCUCGGCAAUUGGCAGGAUAUUGCUGAUCAUGUGGGCAGCAGAGACAAAGAAGAAGUGAAAGAACACUAUCUAAAAUAUUAUCUUGAAAGCAGUUACUAUCCAAUACCUGACAUUACUCAAAAUAUCCAUGUCCCACAAGAUGAAUUUCUAGAACAGCGAAGACAUAGAAUCGAGUCCUUCAGAGAAAGACCAUUAGAGCCUCCAAGAAAGCCCAUGGCAUCUGUUCCGAGUUGUCAUGAGGUGCAGGGUUUUAUGCCUGGAAGAUUGGAGUUUGAAACGGAAUUUGAAAACGAGGCGGAAGGACCUGUCAAGGAUAUGGUAUUUGAACCCGAUGAUCAACCUCUAGACAUCGAGCUGAAGUUUGCUAUUUUGGACAUUUACAAUUCCAGAUUGACGACAAGGGCAGAAAAGAAAAGGUUAUUACUCGAUAACCAUUUAAUGGAUUACAGGAAAUUGCAAGCCAUUGAUAAAAAAAGAAGCAAGGAAGCAAAAGAAUUGUACAAUCGAAUCAAACCAUUCGCCCGUGUCAUGACUGCACAGGAUUUUGAGGAAUUCAGUAGGGAUAUACUGGAGGAGCUACAGUGUAGGGCGAGAAUACAGCAGUUGCAAGAAUGGAGGAGUAACGGACUAAUCACACUAGAAGCAGGACUUAAAUACGAGCGAGAUAAACAAGCAAGAAUUAGCACGUUUGAGAAAUUCGGCUCUUCUACGGCGGCAGCAUUAAAUGAGGGAAACGGUCGUUAUAGGUCGAAUUCCGCGCAUAGAUCAAACGCAGAGUAUACACAAAACUAUAGUGAAAAUGGUGGUAGGAAGAAAAACAUGACUAUAAGUGAUAUACAACAUGCCUCGGACUACGCGCUGUUGUCCAAUGAUGAACAGCAACUUUGCAUACAACUCAAGAUAUUACCAAAGCCAUACCUCGUCAUAAAAGAAGUGAUGUUUAGGGAAUUAUUGAAGACUGGUGGGAACCUGAGUAAAAGUGCAUGUAGGGAACUACUCAAUAUAGACGCCAUUAAAGCAAAUAGAAUAUACGAUUUUUUCCAAACUCAAAAUUGGAUGUAA